UCACUCGAAGUGUCAAAGACAGAUGAUGACAUUUAUGCCUCUGAGCUUUUACCAAAGGAGAGUUCUGGACCAGUGUCUCUGUCUGUCAGAAGGGCAAAGCAGUUGAUUUCCUUGUAUACAAUGGCCCACAAUCCAAACAUGACCCAUCUGAAGAUCCAUGACCUGGUUGUGCUGCCGCCCCUCUGGAUAAAGUGUGAUGCUUCUGAUCCUGAACGUACUUGUUGGCUUGGAGCUGAGCCUCUCAAAGCCGGAAAGAAAAUCACAGGGAUCACUUUACAUAUGGUUACAUAUGAUGGUCCUACAGCUGACAAAACCCAUUUUGCAAACCUGGAGGAGCUCAAAACAGAACAUAAAAUGAGACAUCAUUCAUCUGUUGUAACAACAAAAGGAUUUGCUCAGUAUGAACUUAUCAGAGCUGCCGCAAUAGAGGACACAAUUUUAGAAUCUGUAAGCAAUAUUUAUGUUGAUCUUACCUGGAAUACUGUGAAUAAGAUUCUGGAGACACCCCCACUGAUUUCAGCUGCCACACUGAACAUCACCCUGGAGCCUGGGGACCCCAGGAGCCCUGUGUAUCAGGUGUACAGAGAACUGCAGUUUCUCCUUGCCUUGGCUGAUGGUUUGAAGACAGGUGUGACUGAAUGGCCUGAACCACUGGAGUCUGAACCAGCUGUUGAUGUGAUCCAGCAAUUUCUGACUGAUUUAAAGAAGAAGCUUGAGGGAUAUUGUGUGUCUGGAAACCAGAGUGGAACACAGAAAAUCAAAUGUGACACUGCUGCAGUGGACAGUUCAAUCACAUCAGCCUUCACUGAGCGAGGAGACCUGGACUUCGCUGAACAAUUGUGGUGCAAAAUGAGAAGUGUCAGUUCCUAUCAGGAGUUGGUAGAGUGUUUCACACUGAUCAUAAAAUCCCUGGAACAUGGGGAGAUACAGCCCUGGAUUCAUAGGGGAAGCAGCAGUUUGCUAAGUAAACUCAUUCAACAGUCUUACCAUGGGAAGGUAGAGGUUGUUUCCCUCACUGGCACCACUCCAAUUCAGAUGCUCUUGGAGAUUGGUUUGGAUAAGAUGAAGAAGGAUUAUGUCAACUUUUUCAUAGGCCAGGAGCUUGCAACCCUAACCUGCUUGGAUUACUUCAUUUCCACGUCAGUAGAUCUACAAGAGCAAGUUCAUCGUGUUCAAAAGCUUCACCACAUGCUGGAGAUAAUGGUCAGCUGUACAGUCUUGCUUCAGUUUAAACAUGAGAACCUCUUCCCUUUGACACAAAUUUGCAUGAAGUAUUACAAGGAAAACCCUCUAAAUGAGAAGCAUGUGUUUCAACUGCCCAUCAGACCAGCUCUUGUCACAAAAUUCUGCCAAAAUGAUCACCCAGAAAUAUGGAAGGUGGAAAUAAGUAGUGGACAUGGACCAAAGGAGGUUAAAACAACAUGGCAAGUUAGUAGUAAUUCUCCAGUUGACCAUAUGACAUCAGACAGUACAGGUCUCUUUUCUGACUCCACAGUUAAUGGAAGCAGUGAAGAAAGGCAGUAUUUUACUACAAUGGCUCGGUGCAGUCAGGUGCAUUUCAUAUAAAGGCAUGUAGCCCUGCAGGCAGGCACUGGAAAGGUACAGUAAAGGGAAAGCUCAGUUCUAUCUAUGUCCCACCAGUACAUUUAGAAAUAUUCUGAGUUGAAGAAGAGUACAUCAGAGAGAGUUCUUUGGCUUUAGUGUGCUUGGAUUGUGACAUACAUGGCCGUAAUUCAUCUGUACCCAUCUAGUUUGCUUAGAAAUGUGCAAUUCUGAAUGUCUAAUUUAUUAUGCAAUAAUAGAUUUUUUUGUUGUUGUUGUUCAUAUAUUUACAAAUAGUCAAUAAAG